AGCCCGCGCAAACGCAGGUAAUAUCGAGUGAAUUUAAACAUUUUACUAUUUAAUAUACCUUUUUUUUUGUUUAUUGUUUGUGAAAAUAAAGCGGGUGACUCAAGCUAAGGAAUUUCCAAGCCUGCUAACAAUUAGCACUCACCUGUGAGGUCGACUAGCAAGGGUGAUGAAGAGCUGGAGGCUCCAGGCAAACUUUCUGCUUUGGCAUGUUUGUACCAGCAAUGAGGCCGCUGGCAGCGCCCGGUGAAAGGGCAGGUGAGCCGGACAAAACGACCGGACGACGGGAACAUCGCUCUUUGAACCCUCGCCGGGGUUUGGACCGACGACGAGCGGGUCUGACCGAACCUGGACGCGUCCUCGACCCCACUUUUAUAGCCUUCAGGGCGACUCUUACGAGCUGUUGAAACUAAUGAAAGAAAUAUAUAUUUACAAUAAUCUGGUGGUCAAUAAUAAUAUUACAAAAUUGUAACGAACUAAAACAAACUUUAAAAAUGGUCCACCAGUAUUUCAUCUAAUGACUUGAAAUUACCCUGCAGUAAGUCCUCCUGGUCGGCAGGUGGCACUGCGUUUGCAUGCGCCAUUGUCUUCAGUUACUUCCCCCUGCGACAGCGAGCAUAACAUCGAUAUUAGUUUACAUUUCUACACUCAUGUUUACACCAACAUAACUCACGUUUUGUCACGCUUGCAAUGGAAAGCAGCGAAGAUGAGGCGCAAGAGGACGAAACCGAAUGGGAGCAAGAUAUGAAGGGGUCGCCAUUCGCUGUCUCAGGCUCUAACUUCCGGAAGACGCCGACACACAAAGUCAUUUUGCAUUUUGACCUGGAUUGCUUCUAUGCUCAGGUGGAAAUGCUCAGAAACCCGGCAUUGAGAGACGUCCCUUUAGGCAUUCAGCAGAAGUACAUCAUCGUGACCUGUAACUACGUGGCGAGGCAGCAGGGCGUCACCAAGCUGAUGUCGGUCACUGAUGCCAAGGAGAAGUGUCCUCAGCUGGUGCUGGUGAAGGGCGAAGACCUGACUCACUACAGAGAAAUGUCCUACCAAGUCACCGACCUGCUGCUGUCCUUCUGUCCGUCGGUGGAGAGGCUUGGCUUCGACGAGAACUACGUGGACAUCACAGAGAUGAUUGAGAAAAGGCGGGCGCACACGCCACAGUCCAGCUUUUCAUUCAAAGGCCACGUGUACAACGUCGCAGGUGAUGCUGCGGAUGCUAAAGCUAGCAGUCAUCCAGAGUUGGCUUUGGGGUCGCACAUUGCCGCCGAGCUGAGAGAAGCCAUCCACAGCCGACUGGGCCUAACUGGCUGCGCCGGCAUCGCCGCCAACAAGCUGCUGGCCAAACUGGUGUCGGGCGCCUUCAAACCCAACCAGCAAACCACAUUGUUGCCGGAGAACGUUGGUGACAUCAUUGGCGCUCUCAGCGGUCUCCGUGCAAUACCAGGGGUCGGUCACCAAACCGCCAAGAGGCUUCACACCCUGGGAUUGGUCAGCGUCCGAGACCUGCAGCUCUUCCCGCUGACUGACCUGGUGAGAGAAUUCGGAGCUCCGAGUGCGACACGUCUGAAGAAUCUAUCGCUUGGCGUUGACAAUUCUCCGGUCACCCCAUCUGGAGCCCCUCAGUCCCUCAGCGACGAAGACUCCUUCAAUAAAAUGUCAACCGCCAUAGAAGUGAUGGAGAAGAUGGAGCAGCUCCUGAGCAGCCUGGUGGAGAGGAUGCGUAAAGACGGCAGGCAGCCUCAAACCCUCCGGCUCACCGUCCGUAAAUACUCAGCGACCAACAAGUGGCACAACCGGGAGAGCCGCCAGUGUCCCAUCCCCCACCACAUUGGCCGCACGAUCACCUCAGCCGGCAGUGAUGACGCCGUGUUACAGCUGGUCUCCUUGGCCAUGAAGCUCUUCUCCAAAAUAUUGGACAUCAACACGGCCUUCCACCUGACCCUCAUCAACGUGUGCUUCAGCAACCUGCAGGCCAAAGGGCCUUCUGCCGGCGGGCGGAGCUCCAUCAAAUCCUUCUUCGCGCACGGCUCCUCGCCCAAAACAUUCUUCUCGUCUCCUCAAAGACAGGACAAGUCCUCCCCGUGUGGUGCAGAAAAUGGCUUCAUCACAUCCAGCGUGACGACUCCAGAGAAGGCCACAAAAAGCCCGGCGAGCUGUGACGCAGCAACACUCGGGGCUGAAAUCGAACAGAGAGCUUCUGUCCCGGCGGAAGCGUCCCAAGACGUGACGUCACCCAGCAGCACCACAUGUUGGCACCAGGGUGAUGCCGAUUUCACCGUGACACAUGGAUUGCCCCCAAACGUCGACGCAGAAGUGUUCCGUGUCCUCCCUGUGGAGAUCCAGAAGGAGCUUUUAAUGGGGCGCACCUCUCAGCCGGGUCACCUUCCUUCCAACCCCCCCCUAACUUCACCCCAAACCACCCGAAAUACAAACAAUACAGAGCAGGGUGUUGUCUAUGACUUGGAUCCAUCGGAGGGAGGUGCCACGCCGCAUCAACGACAGCCUGCGGGCAAGAGCGCGCUUCCAGGAGAAACCACCUUCGAAGAAAAGAAGCUGUCAUCUGACUGCCAGCUGCCACUAAAUGUGGACCCUAAAGUCUUCUCCCAGCUGCCAGCUGACCUUCAGGCCGAGCUGAUGACUGAAUGGAAGCAGCAGAAGCCGCUUCUGAAGGUCAAGAAAGCUGCCAGAGCUAAAGGGAAGAAAGGCUGGCGAAGCUUAACAAUGCUGUUGCUAACGACGUCAUUGAAGCUAACUUAGCAACGGGACCUCUACAGAGCUAUGCUAAAAACAUUAGCUAUCCACCUACGCCAGCCCUCAUCUGCUCAUCAACACCCGUGCUCACCUGCGUUCCAGCGAUCGACGGAGCGACGAUCAUAGAUGCGGUCGGCGGCCCGGAGACGGAGGAAGCCAAGGUGAGGUCGGCGGCUAGCGCGUCUGCUAUCCAUCUCAAAGUCCUCCUGGUUGUGUUGCUGUAGUCCGCCGCUAAUACACCGAUCCCACCUACAACUUUCUUCUUUGCAGUCUUCAUUGUUCAUUAAACAAAUUGCAAAAGAUUCACCAACACAGAUGUCCAGUAUACUCUGGAAUUUUGAGAUGAAAACAGAGAUUUUUGUAUUGGAUUCAAUGGGGUCCAAAUACUUCCGGUUCAACGAUUGACGUCAUGCGCAUACGUCAUCAUACAUAGACGUUUUCAAGCGGAAGUUUAGCGGGAAAUUUAAAAUUGCACUUUAUAAGUUAACCCGGCCGUAUUGGCAUGUGUUGCAAUGUUAAGAUUUCAUCAUUGAUAUAUAAACUAUCAGACUGCGUGGUCGGUAGUAGUGGCUUUCAGUAGGCCUUUAAAUAAUACUACAUUUGUUAUUUCUAAUAGGACUUUUGUAAGUAACUGUGCUAAGUGAUAGUAUUAAAAAAGUCGGUAGUAUAAAAAAAUUCAUAAAUAUUACAAAUAAUGCAAAAAAUAUUCGAAAAACACCUAUAAUAAUAAACAAUGCAAAUUAAAUAAUAUGCUAAGUGAUAGUAUUAAAGUCGGUAGUAUAAAAAAUGUAUAAAAAUUACAAAUAAUGCUAAAAAUAUUGGAAAUAAACCUAUAAUAAUAAUAUUAAUAAUAAACAAUACAAAUUAAAUAAUAUUUUUUGAGUACUAUCAUAAGUAAAUAUGCUAAUUGAUAGUCAUGAAUGAGCCAAUAAAAAGUUAAUGUUUAAAAAGUACUGAAUAAAUAAUUUGACAAAUUAUGUUAAAAUGUUCUAAAUAAACCAAUAUUUUUUUUAAAAAUCCAAUAGUGCUCUUGUAAAUAAAUAAGCUAAGGUGGUGAUGGUCGUAUAUAAGCCAAUAGACACUGCUGAAUAAAUAUUGUAAAUGAUGCUCACAUUGUUGUAAAUAAAUCAAUAAUAAUAAUAGUACUAAAUGUACUACAUACAUACACGUUCUAAUAGUACUCUUGUAAGUAAAUGUGCCAAAUGAUAGCAAUAAAUAGGCCAAUAAUUUGUUGGAAAUAAAUAACAAUACUCAAAAUAUUUAUAAAUAAACCAAUCAUAAUAAAGAAUACAAAAUACAUAUUAUUUAUAUUAGUACUCGUCCUAGAAACCUGCCAGAGAUAAAGAGAAAGAAGAUGGGGGCAGUGGAAGUCAGGCAAACCAGUUCAAAUAUUUGAAAUAUUCUUUAUUGUCAAUUGGAUUAUUUUAAGCACUGUUGGAUUUUUAAUAAAGUUGAGUUUUAAUAAACUUACAGACUUGCUUUCAAAUUCCACAAAAAAAAGUGUUUCAGGUCAGAACAUUUUGGUGAGAUUCUGGAUAACCGACCUUAUUCUAGUCAAUUAUUUUCACUUUUAUGAGAGCAUUAUUGGAAACUUCAACUCUUUAGAAUGAUGUAAGUGCCAUUCACCGUCCUCCAUGAACCCGGAAGUAGCCUGCUAACUAACAGAUGAACUACCAUUAUUGUUUUUGUUAACUUGUUAUACUACAUGAUAAUUAUAACAGAGAAAAGUAUUUUUGCACAGUUGUAUACUUUCCCUACAGAUCAUCAAAAACAUUCUAGUUGCAGCCAAUAAUGUAAAAUGAAAGAAAAAUGUCAUAAUUACUGAAUGCUGAAAUUAGUAAAAAUAAACCAAAGAUAUUAAAUAAUACUAAAUAAAUGUUAUUCAUAAUAUGACUCUUUUAAGUAGCUGUGCUAAAUGACAGUAAUAAUUAAGCCAAAAAAGCCAAAAAUAAAUAAUUACAAAUAAUGCUAAAAAUAUUAGAAAUUAACCAAUAGUAAUAAAGAAUGUUACAUCAUUCUAAUAGUACUCUUGUAAAUAAAUAUGGUAAAUGAUAGUCAUAAAUACAAAGUUAAUGAUUAGGGGAAAAAAACUGAAUAAGUAUUAUUACAAAUGAUGCUAAAGUCAAUAAGUCAAUAUAUAUAUAUACAUAUAAAAAGCACUGAAUAAAUAUUACAAAUAGUGCUCACAUUUUUGUAAAUAAACUAAUAACAAUAAUAGUACUGAAAAUACUACAUAAAUAAACUUUCUAAUAGUACUCUUGUAAGUAAAUGUGCUAAAUGAUAGCGAUAAAUAAGCCAAUAAUUUGUGGGAAAUAAAUAAUAAUAAUUAUGCCAAAAAUAUUUAUUAAUAAACCAAUCAUAAUAAAGAAUACAAAAUAAAUAUUUCAAUUAAUUGUUGGUCUCAUUCUUGUCAUACUAUAUGAUAAUUAUAACAGAGAAAAAAUAUUUUUUGCAUAGUUUUGUUUUCCACACAGCACACUUAAAACAUUGUAAUUAUAAACACAAAUAUCAUAAUUGUUUUUUUUUUGCCACGUCAGUAGUAAAAAUGCAGCAAACACUCAGCUGUGACUCCAAUGAGUCAGCCAGCUAACGGGCGCAUUCUAACCCAAAUUCCUGUGCAGUGUUGAUUGUUGUCCCCAAAAAGUGUUUUUUAUAUUCAAACUGAUCAGGUGAUCAUUUGUAACAAGCAAGUCAUGAUUCGUAAGGAGUUCCUUAAAAAAAUAUAUCAACAAAAACUUAUUUAUAUUUGUUCUAUUCAUGUUGUGUAUGCUAUUUUGCACCACUGUUUUUGUAAAUAGAGAAGUAGAAUAAGAGUUUAUAUGAAUAAAAACAACACUGAUUGUGCUUCUUUUCCCUAUUGUUUAGGCUCCUAACUGUUAUAAUAGUAUGUUUUUGUCAACCUUCCUACUUUUCCCUUAUUUCAGUUUGAAUAUUUUCCUGUUUUUCCCGUAUUUUAACUUUCGGGGACUGCUGGAGCAACACAUCUUUCGGACGUCAUCCUGUAACACAGUAAAGUCAGGCCUUCAAAAUAAAAGUCUGCCAGUACAAUAAGACCCUAAUUGCCUCGGUAUACACGUCGAAUUGGUUCUGUGUAGGGAUGUCCAAUAAUAUCGGACUGCCGGUAUUAUCGGCCGAUAAAUGCUUUAAAAUGUAAUAUCGGAAAUUAUCGGUAUCGGUUUCAAAAUUAUUUACUCAUCCUGGACAUUCAAACUAAAACUUUCCCAAGUUCCAAACCAAAUUCCGGUUUUCCUGGAAAUUCAAACUAUUCUUACAUUCAUACUACAUUCUGUCAGCAUUUCAGUUCAACUUCAGCAUUCACACGCAAUUCCUUCAGGAAUUGCUUCAUCCAGUUGCAACGUGUGUUUUACUUUUACUUGAGUAUUUCUGUAAAGAAGAAAAAAAAUGCUACUUUUACAUCAGCAUGAUAUUGAUGAUUACUGAUAAUUGCGUAGAUAAAUUGAUCAGAGAGACUUCUUCCUGCGGGCACUGUCACAUGACUCUGUUUCACCAAUCCGACGUCAGCACUUGUGAACUUUGACUCCAUUUCCCCAAUCAAAUGGAGCCUAGCAGUCACAUGACCGCACUCACACUGUAAACUUAUAUAUAUAUGACAAAGGAAUGUUUAUAUGG